AUGGCUGCAAACGACGGCGCCCUCGCUGCGGACGCUGCUUUGAAUGCUGUCAACACUACCGAGACAUGGUACGCUCUUCUACCAUCCGAGCCUCGAGACAUCCUCCUUUUCCCGUUUCGCCUUGUCUACCAUGCAGAGGUCUUCAUAAUUACACUACCUCGCCAGCUUGUUCGGUUCAUCGGGUUGGAUGCUGCGAUUUCGUCGGUCCUAGAUAGCACAGCUCGGGUUUUUGGUGUCGAAGGCGGAGAUGCGGCGGGUGAGGAUGCAGCGGCAGCGGCCGCUGUGAUUGCUGCGAUGACUGGUACUGAUGCGAACGGAGCGCUUCCUGGCGGUGCUGCGGCGGGCUCUGCCGCUUCGGCAGGGACCACAUCCGGGUUUAGCAUAGGAGGGUUCAUACCUUCGUUGAAGAAAUUUGGAGGAUUCUUCAACUACAUGACUACACGGUGGUCGCUGGCGUGUUUUAUAGUGGCAUUAGUUCUGAACCGUGUCACAGUUUAUGCGUCCCCUCGUCGGCAAGUGACUCUAAAGUGGCAUACAACCCUUAUUCUACGUAUUAUACCAAUCAUCCUCUUUGCCACACAGAUUCUACAGCUACUGCGCGCCAUUCGUUGCCAAACAUCUCCGCAAUACUCCGCUUUCCGUUAUGACCAGCCAGGAAAGCACUCGAGGCUAGACUAUGCUGGAGAAGGAGGAUUCUUAUAUAAUAUAAGUUCAUCCUUACUGCAAUGGGAGGACGAGCAGUCAUCAUGCAGCGCAACUUUCACAUCUCCGGGACCUGGCGUCACGUACGGCUCAUUUUCUCUCCUGUGGCCGGCAUUUCUUCGACUGUGUUUCGGCCAUUUCAUUGAUACACUGUCUGCCGCACUUCAGGGGAAACCUCUCGCCACGGAGGGCGGUAUGUCCGUCUUUGAACUUUCUCUUGCAUUUGCGGAGGCGGAGAUUCAAAUUGUUCGGUCAGUUGGAUUGGACUUCCUCGGCAUCACCAAAUCUACGGCUAGUGUAUCAGUCGAGGGUGCGGCCGUUGGGGAUGCCGCCUCGGCCAUUCCAUUAUUCUCAAAAGAUCGUAUCCUAGAACGACUCAAUGUCACUCCCGAACUGCUGGUUAUUGCGCUGUUAGCAUGCUGCAAUAGUCUAACAACGAACAUUUUAGAUAUCUUUGGGAAACAGAGCCAGUAUCGACUUAUCAACACCAGUUUCUGGGGACUCUCCUUCAUGGGAUUCAUGAUCUGGAGUUUCCUCAGAUCGUACCUAGACGGAAAUCAUGCUGGCCUGUUAAAUUUUCCCACUGUCUGCAUUGUGGGAUUUGUACCUCACCUUCUAAUGUUGCUAGGUAUAUUAACUUGCCUAACAAUAUACACAAUUGCCCUUCUUUUGACUGCAUACUCUCUUCCACCCAGCCUUCCGCGCCCCAACUCAUUCCGUGAACGGCUUGCUAUCGCCCAUGGAAAUAUGCAAAGCUCGACUCAAAUCCAGAAUACCCGUUUCCAGGUGCAUGAUGAUUUCUAUGCCACUCUCGUGAGGAUAGGUUAUGCCUCCUUAUCCGCUGCCAGUGAUGCUGUGUUUUUAAACGAAGGGAAGAGCGUGAAAGUCCGCAAAAUGACAUGGUUGGAAGAGGACAGACUUGCAGAGUUUACGGCUCGAAGGGGUCAAAGCAGCCAGGUGAGCUUUCAGCCAGUUGAUGACCUCCAACUUGAUGAGAACUUCGACUUCGAUAUCCCCAGUAACCCAAGGGAGUGGGAGAGUGGAUAUGGGAAAGAGAAAAAGUUUGAAAGGGCGCAAUCCAGCUCUCAUGCUAUGAAGAAGCAAUCUGGAUUGGGAAAUGUAGGAGCAUUUCGAGGGCCAACAAGGUGUUAUCAUGGUUUUGCAUUUUUCAAGGCAAUUCUCUAUAUGCUGGCAGGUUGGUGGGCGUUUGGGCUGGUAAGACUAUUGGACCACUUUAAAGUCGGACUGAAGCCUCAAUGGCUGGUGCAUCUUGCGGGUGUUCUACAACAUCCUAACAGCUCGAAUGAAGUGGAAAUUCGUCCGCCAUUAGAUUUCUGGAUUUUGACCGAUGAAGGUGUUUUAGAGCUUCCAGAAACCGACGACUUCGACGUGGAAAAGGAGAUGAGAAAAAGGGAGAUGAUGGUAAACGACUUAUGGGAUGAACAGCAGGAGGAGCAUCUAGACAACAAGCUUUACAAUUGGUGGAAGUUUGGUGGUUCCUGGGGAAAUCAAGAUAUGACCGAAGAUUAUUCUCCUCCACCCCAGGACUGGGAUACGACAAGUGUGGUAUCCACAUCCACAUCUGGAGAGACUGAAUGGGAGUCCUACGACUCUGAUGGCCGGCGGACGCCAACCCAGAGUAAUCCGUUUCCAGGCUUAUCCAGGGUACCAGAGAGAAGAUCGACAUGGUAUCUUUGGCUCGCCUGCUCGAUCCGAAGAUGGUGGAAGCACGAGAUGAGGCUCGCAUCUUAUCUUGCACAUAUCCUGGCUUCAAAUGAAGGCAAGAUCAUGACACGACGUCGCUUUCCAACAACGGUUAGACGUAGAGCGUGCGAGAAUUCUGACUUCGUCGAAUGCAUAUCGGCUAGCGGAAGGACCGCGAUCAACCCGCCCUACGAUGGAAGAGGAGUUGGAAAUCCUAGAAAACCUGAUCCUUGA